AAUGUUGGCAUUAACUUGUAUAACUUUUGUUUUAGCUAUACCAGAAAUAUUUAGUAUAAAUCUUGCAAGGGGAAAAAUGGCUUUUCAGAGUUCUACAAAUGGAUCUAAAGAAUAUUCUAAUUUUGCAACUUUUGCAACAGAUUCAACUAUAGAGAUUACUAAGAAUAGUCAAAAUACCUCCUACUGUUCCUUGACAGAUGUUAAAACUAAUGAAUAUUCAUGGUGGGUUGUUGAUCUUGGUGAUAUUUAUUCAGUUUCUAAUGUCUGUUUACUAACUGAAAAAAAUGGUCCAGAAAUUUCAAAUUUUGAUAUUAUUUUGGGAAAUAGCCUUACAGAACAAAAUGCUUUAUGUCAACGGGUAGAAGAUAUUGUUGUAAAUCCCCUAUCGCUAAAUGAUUAUCAGUGUUUUAAGUGUUCAGAUGAGAGUGUAGGAUCAUUUCUUUUCUUGAAAUCUUAUACAAUGGGAACUGAUAUAUUGCUGUGCGAUAUUGAUGUGAAAGGAACUCUUGUCAAAAAGAGAGAUUUUCACCUCUUAAACAAUACUAAUGUACAAUUAGUUGGAGGAAAACAUUAUGGAAUAAUGGCUAAAGAGGGCGCUACAGAUGGAAAUUUUAUGACGGCAUAUCAUACCAGAGGCCAUAGUGCUGGACGUUAUAUGUCACCUUUUCUCUUAUUAAGUUUUAACAAUCUAUACGAUUUUCAUGGAGUGUUUUUCAUUCAUGCACGCGAUACAAAUUAUUAUUAUAGAAAUAUCUAUGGAUCUGUAAAAUUAUUACCCGAAACCUCUUUUAAUGCUGAUAGUAACUUUUGCUUUUAUAACCAACAACCUCAGUAUAAGCCUUACCUGGGAGCUCAAGUUUGGUGGUGUGACCCAAUAUAUUCAGGAAAAUAUUUCCUAAUUCAGCAAUACGUUAAUGACAAUUCUCAAUUAAUAUUGGUGGUAACAGAACUCAUAUUAUAUGGUAAAUUAACAAAAACAACAAGUCAUCACGUGGACAAUGGUGGAUCAUUUAAAUUUGGUACCAUACUUGAAAUUGAGAAUCUAUUUUGGCAGAAUGUGACAGUUGUUAAUCUAACUGGAAAAUUUUUACAGGAUCAUAUAAUUUUUGAAAAUCAUGAAUUGUGCAAUGUAAAGAAGGACUUCUUUACUGAAUCUAUUAAUCUUGUAGAUUAUAAUCAGCCAGUAAAUGAUUUAUAUAUCUUAAUUGAUGGUAAUUUUACUGAUGAUCAAAUAAUUAUUUGGAGUGAUUUACAACAGAAUACAACUAGAAAAAAUAUUUGCUCAAGUGUUGAAAAUGUUGGAGAACUUGAAUAUUUUUUCAUAAAACAAUUCUUUAAAUGUUCAAGCGUAAAAGGUAAAGUUCAGAUUGAUAUUGUUGGUAAGAAGUUAUUUCCAAUCUACAUUGAAAUUUACAAGUAA